GCGAACCCGGCUCUGACUAUUGCGCUGCCCAGCCGGGAGGCCAAGCCUCCAGGCUCCUGCGGUGCAGCCUCGGUGACCCGGAGCCCCGCGGUGCGCCCGCCGAGCUAGCGUGACCCCGGCCGUGGCGAGGCGUGCGGGGAGGAGCCGCCCCGUGGCGGGACGCUCAGUCGGGGUGCGAGGGAAGCUGUUUGAUGCGUGAGGACCAUGGUGAAGCUGAUUCACACACUGGCAGAUCAUGGUGAUGACGUCAGUUGCUGUGCCUUCUCGCCUUCUCUCUUGGCUACCUGCUCCUUGGACAAGACCAUCCGCCUGUACUCCCUAAGUGACUUUGCAGAGCUGCCACACUCCCCGCUGAAGUUUCACACCUAUGCUGUCCACUGCUGCUGUUUCUCGCCCUCGGGACACAUUUUGGCAUCAUGUUCAACAGACGGUACCACGGUGCUGUGGGGUGCGCACAGCGGACAGCCCCUGGCAGUGAUGGAGCAGCCCGGUGGCAGCCCUGUGCGCGUUUGCUGCUUCUCCCCGGACUCCGCAUACCUGGCAUCGGGGGCCGCUGAUGGAUCUGUUGUUUUGUGGAAUGCACAGUCAUACAAAUUAUAUAGGUGUGGCAGUGUCAAGGAUGGCUCCCUGGUGGCCUGCGCGUUCUCUCCUGACGGAAGCCUCCUUGUCACCGGCUCCUCGGGUGGGGACUUAACAGUGUGGGAUGACCGCAUGAGGUGUCUGCACAGUGAGAAAGCUCAUGACCUCGGAAUUACCUGCUGUGACUUCGCCCCACAGCCCCUUUCUGGAGGAGAACAAGGCUUUCAGUUUUACCGAUUGGCAUCAUGUGGUCAGGAUUGUGAAAUCAAACUCUGGUUUGUUUCCUUCACCCGUGCCUUAGGCUUUGAAUUAAAAUAUAAAAGCACGCUACGUGGGCACUGUGCCCCUAUUCUGGCUUGUGCUUUCUCCCACGACGGACAGAUGCUUGUGUCAGGGUCAGUGGAUAAGUCUGUCAUCAUAUAUGAUAUUACUACUCAGAGUGUGCUUCACACAUUGACUCAGCAUACCAGGUAUGUCACAACCUGUGCCUUUGCACCCAACACCCUUUUACUUGCUACUGGUUCAAUGGACAAGACCGUGAACAUUUGGCAGUUUGACCUGGAAACACCUUACCAAGCAGGAGGCAUGAACGAUCAGCUGAAGCAGUUGGUUGAAGACUGGUCAGAGGAGGACGUCUCAACAUGGCUUCGCGCUCAGGGCUUGGAGGACCUCGUUGGUAUUUUCCAGAUGAACAACAUCGAUGGAAAAGAACUGCUUCAUCUCACAAAAGAAAGUCUGGCUGGUGAUUUGAAAAUUGAAUCCCUGGGGCUGCGCAGCAAAGUGAUGAGGAGCAUUGAAGAGCUCAGGACCAAGAUGGACUCCCUUUCUUCAGGAAUCCCCGAUGAGUUUAUCUGCCCAAUAACUAGAGAGCUUAUGAAGGACCCCGUCAUCGCGUCAGAUGGCUAUUCCUAUGAGAGAGAAGCAAUGGAAAAUUGGAUCCACAAAAAGAAACGCACAAGCCCCAUGACAAACUUGGUUCUUCCUUCGCUGGUACUGACACCAAACAGGACUCUGAAAAUGGCCAUCAACCGAUGGCUGGAGACACAUCAGAAAUGAACUGCAUCAUAUAUGGUAUCGGAUACAUUUUCUCAGUGAUGUCAUUCAAUGCUAACCGGGCAUUGCAAGCAAAAUAGAAGUUAAAGACAUGUUAAAUUCAGUUACUUUAAAAAAAAAAACUGUCUAUUAUUAUCCUUAAAAGACAAAAUUACACAUCUAAUGUCAUUGCUGUUUCUAUCAAAGUGAAAAUAUUUUUUGCACUAACAGGAAAGUGUGUAGAAAUAAAACUUUGACUUUGAA